AAGGCGCAGCGCAUCGCCGAGCUGCUGGGCCGCCUGUACCCCAACCCGCCCAUCCCGCUCGACCACGCCUCCACCUUCCAGCUGCUCUGCGCCGUGCUGCUGUCUGCACAGACCACGGACAAGAAGGUGAAUGAGUGCACGCCCGCGCUGUUCCAGCUGGCUCCCGACGCGGCAGGCAUGGCGGCCGCUGAUGUGGCCGACAUCCAGGCCUGCAUCCGCAGCCUGGGCUUGGCGCCCACCAAGGCCAAGAACCUCAAGGCCAUGAGCCAGAUGCUGCUGGCAGAGCACGGCGGCGAGGUGCCGGCCUCCAUGGCGGCGCUGGAGGCGCUUCCGGGUGUGGGCCACAAGACGGCGUCGGUGGUGAUGUGCCAGGCCUUUGCCCAGGACGCCUUCCCUGUCGACACACACAUCCACCGACUGGCGCAGCGCUGGGGCCUGACCGACGGCAAGAGCGUGGAGCAGACGGAGGCGGACCUCAAGCUGCUGUUCCCGCAGAGCCUGUGGAAGGAGCUGCAUCUGCAGAUCAUCUUCUUUGGGAGGGAGAAGUGCCCGGCGCAGCGGCACGACCCCAUCCUGUGCCCCGUCUGC